GCGCAGCGCGGGCUGGAGGGUGGGAGGGAGGGCGGGCGAGGGGAGAGGACUGAGCACCCAGGACCGGACAGGCCCGGCCGAGGGGCGGCGGUGAAAGGCAGAGCGCCGCGAUCUCUGUCAGGAAGCGCAACCUCCCCGGGCCCCGCGGGGCCGCGCAGGGGACGUUCUCAAUCCCGCGUCCGCUCCCUCUUUCCAUCCCCUGCCGCCCGCAGGCCACCCCGGGGCCCGGCUAUCCGCGCGCGCGUCCUCGGGCUCGGGCCCGUCCCCGGCCCUCGAGGGAGCCGCCGCCUUCAUCUACACCUCUGCAGCGGCCGCGCCAGAGGCCGCCCGGGCAGGACCCCGGCGUGAGCAUCGAGCGCCCCCCAAGGAGUGCACGACCCCCGGAGCCGCCCUCAACACGGACCGCGCCCGCUGGGCACACAAGAAUGGUCACUCAGAUACUCGGGGCCAUGGAGUCUCAGGUGGCGGGGGGCCCGGCCGGCCCGGCCCUGCCCAACGGGCCACUCCUUGGUACAAACGGAGCCACUGAUGACAGCAAGACCAACCUCAUCGUCAACUACCUGCCCCAGAACAUGACCCAGGAUGAGUUCAAGAGUCUCUUUGGCAGCAUUGGUGACAUCGAAUCCUGCAAGUUGGUUCGGGAUAAGAUCACAGGGCAGAGCCUCGGUUACGGGUUUGUGAACUACUCUGAUCCCAACGAUGCAGACAAAGCCAUCAGCACCCUCAACGGCCUCAAACUGCAGACGAAGACCAUCAAGGUGUCCUAUGCCAGACCCAGUUCGGCAUCCAUCCGUGAUGCUAACCUGUAUGUCAGUGGACUCCCCAAGACCAUGAGCCAGAAGGAAAUGGAGCAGCUCUUCUCCCAGUAUGGCCGCAUCAUCACUUCCCGCAUCCUGGUGGACCAGGUCACAGGCGUCUCUCGGGGUGUGGGAUUCAUCCGCUUUGACAAGAGAAUCGAGGCUGAGGAGGCCAUCAAAGGACUGAACGGGCAGAAGCCGCUGGGCGCGGCGGAGCCCAUCACGGUCAAGUUCGCCAACAACCCAAGUCAGAAGACUGGCCAGGCCCUGCUCACUCACCUCUACCAGUCAUCAGCCCGACGCUAUGCAGGCCCCCUACACCAUCAGACGCAGCGCUUCCGGCUGGAUAACUUGCUCAACAUGGCCUACGGAGUCAAGAGUCCCCUGUCGCUCAUCGCCAGGUUCUCGCCCAUCGCCAUCGACGGCAUGAGUGGCCUCGCGGGCGUGGGCCUGUCGGGGGGUGCGGCAGGCGCUGGCUGGUGUAUCUUCGUGUACAACCUGUCGCCGGAGGCGGAUGAGAGCGUGCUGUGGCAGCUGUUCGGGCCCUUUGGGGCAGUCACCAACGUCAAGGUCAUCCGCGACUUCACCACCAACAAGUGCAAGGGCUUUGGCUUCGUCACGAUGACCAACUACGACGAAGCGGCCAUGGCCAUCGCCAGCCUCAACGGCUACCGCCUGGGCGAGCGCGUGCUGCAGGUGUCCUUCAAGACCAGCAAACAGCACAAGGCCUGAGCCACAGCCGCCCGCCCUCCCCACCCUCCCCGGGCAGCAGAGAGAGAGAGAGAGAGAGAGAGAGAGGGGCCCCGAGAGAGACAGCGCAGGCAGACCACCGACGGCACGAGGGCCCCGCGUCCCUGCGGAAGCCACAGGGUGAGCACUCGGGGUGGGGGGGGAGAGUCUGCAGGGAAUGGGGGGGUGCCUGGGGGUCCCCCACCCCAUCCUCCUGCCCCCACCCCAGGCUGGGCUGUUCACUCUCUCGUCUUGGUUUUGUUCACGGCGAUGGUUUUUGUUUCUUUUUUCGGCUAAAAAGAAAGCAGAGAUGUGCCCCCGCCCCACCUUCAACCACCCUCCACGGGAUGGCUUUGCAGGGGUGCCGGGGGUGCACUCCCAGACCCCCCUGCCCAGGCCUCCCCAACACCUAGAUGAGCCUGAGGGGAGGGGGGACAGGUUUAAAAAUCCCCAAAAAAGCGAAACGGAGGAGGGGUGUGGGCAUCCCUGGCCCAAAGCCGCUGGAUGGAGUAUGAGGCGCAGGGGGAGGGGCUGGAAACAGAAACAAAAUGAAAAAAAAAGGGGGGGGUGGGAGGGGAAGAAAAACUCUAUUUUUGUAAAAAGGGAAAAAAGACCUCGUGGAGAAUUUUUACUGGGGAUUCUUGAACUUGAAAAAAAAAAAACACAAAAAAAGACAAA